GAGCACAAUAGAAGACAAGAGAAGCAGCGAUCGACGGCGACGCCCCUGGAAGGAGCGGAAUAGACCACCGGAGCUUCCUCCAUUUUUGUCAGUCUCUCACCUCCUCUUCAGUCCUCACUGGAUUUGGAUUGGAUUGGUUUCUUUCUGCUCUGUUGCAGCUCCGUUGUCUAUGGUAGGUACCUUUUGGACGGAGGUUUUGCAUUUGCCUAGUUACUAGUAACUGCAUAAUUAACAGGAGGAGUACUACCAAGAAUGCAUACUAAUUAUUCGCGUGAUAUUUUGUACGUUUAAGUUUAGAGAACCCGGGAUUCGACCAGACCAUCAGUCCACUCUCUCUCUCUCUCUGCUUCUUCUUGUGUUGUGCUUGUGCCUCCUCAUUAUUAAUAUCUGUACUCCAUAUUCUACUACUGCAUGCUGGAGUACUCUGGUCAUGGAGCAUUUGACAUUUGCAUCCACCCCGAUGAGCUGAGCUGCUCCAUUAAUAUACUAUUCCUCCUCAAUUAGUCAUUCACUACAUACAUACAGCAAAAUCCUAGCACCACGACGGCGGCCGCAUUUGUAUGAAAUCGAUAGAUCGUCUCUCUCUCUCUCUCAUCCAACCAACCACGCACAGCGACUCAGCGAGCGAGGAACAACUAGAGCUUGAUGCCAGUGUCGCGGAUGAUGAUGGAGUCGAAUACGAUGGCCAAGGAGAUGGCCGUGCGGCACCACCUCCUUCCGGGGUCUCCUCGCCGCCGCACCGCACACAACCUCUCAUCUUCCUCCCUCCGCAAAAGCUCCGACGCCUCCCUCCUCCACAAGGUUCCCUGCGCCGCCCUCCGCUCCCUCCUCGCCAAUCUCAACGACGUCCUCCUCACCACCAGGCUCUUCCUCCUCUUCCCCGCCGUCCUCCUCGCCAUCGCCGCCACUUACCUCCACUUCGGACAGGUGUGGGUGUUUGUGCUUAGCUUAAUCGGCCUCGUUCCUCUUGCUGAGCGACUCAGCUUCCUCACCGAGCAGAUUGCAUUUUACACCGGUCCUACUGUGGGAGGACUACUGAACGCGACAUUUGGGAACGUGACGGAGGUGAUAAUCGCGCUGUUGGCGCUGCGAGAAGGAAAGAUUGAGGUGGUGAAAUGCUCCCUGCUGGGAUCCAUCCUCUCCAACCUGCUGCUUGUCCUCGGCACCUCCCUCUUCCUCGCCGGCAUCGCCAACCUCCGCGCCCACCAGCCGUACGACACCAAGCAAGCUCACGUCAACACCGCCCUCCUCAUGCUCGCCGUCCUCUGCCACUCCCUGCCGCUCAUGCUCAGGUACGCCGUCACCUCCGGCGACCACGCCAUCGUCUCCGGCGACGCCGCCCUCCACCUGUCGCGUGCCUGCAGCAUCCUCAUGCUCAUCGCCUACCUGGCCUACCUCUUCUUCCAACUCAACACGCAUCGCCAGCUGUUUGAGCCCCAACAGGUUGAGGAUGAUGACGACGAUGAUUUAGUGAUCGCUCAAGAUGAUGAGCCAGUACUGGGAUUCUCGAGUGCCAUGAUUUGGCUGGCUCUCAUGACUCUCCUGACUGCGCUCUUGUCAGGGUAUGUUGUGAGCACAAUUGAGGCGGCCUCAGAAUCAUGGGAACUAUCAGUGAGCUUCAUUAGCAUCAUCUUGCUUCCCAUCGUUGGGAACGCAGCAGAGCAUGCCGGUGCCGUCAUAUUUGCUCUCAAGAACAAGAUGGAUAUUACUCUCGGAGUGUCUUUGGGCUCUGCCACACAGAUCUCCAUGUUUGUGGUUCCAGUGAGUGUGAUUGUAGCCUGGACUAUGGGAAUCCCAAUGGAUCUUGAUUUCAACCUGCUGGAGACUGGCUCUCUGUUUCUAGCAAUAUUAGUGACAGCCUUCACCCUCCAGGAGGGAGAAUCACAUUAUCUGAAGGGAUUGAUUCUUGUCCUGUGCUACGCUGUCAUCAGCGUGUGCUUUUUCGUUAUAAGACGGCGUUCUGCAGGAGGGACGGACGGUGUUCACCAUCUGGAUGUGAUUGUGUAGCAAAUUACUAACAGGCAGACCGCAGAAGCAGAAACGUACGUACAUGCGCCUAACAUAUAUAUGGAGUCCGUACAGUACGUGCUAGCUACGGAGUACUCCUGUACACUACUGUACUACUGCUUGCACAAGAGAAGAGGAUCGAGUACCGUAGCUAGCACAGGCGGCGGAGACGAGACGAUCUGCUUGCUUGAGGAGGCAGCCGAUCGAAGCCGGACUGGGCGGAGAUCGAUGCAUGGAUCCAGUUUGUUUAGACUGACGGACGAUAGAGGAUGAUACCACGACCCAACCAUCCGUCCCUGCAAUUGGCUGGUUUGGUCAUUCAAAUAGGGAAUCACAAUUGGGUUUUAAUGGGUUGCUUUAGUUUAGGUCGUUUUGGAAUGGUUUGUUUAUAUUUAUCUUUUUCAAAGGAGUUUGUUUAGGUUUAUCGAACUACUAGAAUAUACAUCCAUCUUAAGAUUAUUACAUUUUAAAAUAAAGAUAUAUAGUAUGACAUAACUUUGAUA